AUGAGGCUUCCUAUCCCUGAUCUCUUCCUCCUCUUCCUUCUCCCUCUGCUGUCUGCGGACUCGUCGGCCGACCGAGAAGCUCUCCUCUCCUUCAAGGGGGCGAUCUCCGAGGAUCCGCUGGGGGUAAUGGACACUUGGAAUGAGUCCACGCCACUUUGCCGGUGGCCCGGCGUUACAUGCGGCGGCCGGACGGCGGAGCGGGUGACGGAGCUGGCACUGAACGGGACACAGCUGGCAGGGCGCAUAUCCCCCAGUCUCUCCGGGAUCGCGUUCCUCACCAUACUCGACCUCUCGGACAACCGGCUCGACGGCGCCAUUCCAAGGGUGCUCGGCCGGCUCACCGCCCUGCAGCAGGUCAACCUCGACGUCAACUCCCUCUCCGGCCCGAUCCCGCCGGAGCUGGGCUCCCUCCCCAAGCUCCAGCUCCUCAGACUUUCCUCCAACAAGCUCACAGGGCCCAUCCCCGUCUCCCUCGCGAACAUCUCCACUCUCACCAAGCUCGACCUCUCGGACAACCGGCUCGACGGCGCCAUUCCAGGGGAGCUCGGCCGGCUCGCCGCCCUGCAGUUGGUCAUCCUCCGCGACAACUCCCUUUCCGGCGAGAUUCCCUCCGCUCUGAGCAACUGCUCCGAGCUCCUCCGCAUGGACCUGAGGAACAACAAUCUCCGCGGGAAGAUCCCGCCAGAGCUGGGCUCCUUCCCCAAGCUCCAAUUCCUCUCACUUUCCUCCAACAAUCUCACAGGACCCAUCCCCUCCUCCCUCGCGAACAUCUCCACUCUCGGAAUACUCCACCUCUCCAAUAACAGCCUCCGAGGAAGCAUCCCUCCAGAGCUCGGCGACCUCUCGAACCUUACGGUGCUCUACCUCUUCACCAACCAUUUCACCGGCGCAAUACCUCCUCGGCUAGGGAAUCUAUCCAGCCUGACCCACCUCUAUCUCUUCCAGAACCUCCUCGAGGGGGAGAUUCCCGGCGAGCUCGGCGGCUUGAAAAACCUGAAGUUCCUCGACGUGUAUGUGAACAGAUUAUCGGGCAGGAUUCCCUCGUCCGUGUGGAAUAUCUCCUCUCUCAGUAUGCUGCAUGUCGGGUUUAACCAGCUCUCUGGCCCUCUCCCGCGGGACCCCAGACAAACCCUCCCCAACCUAAAGGAACUCUAUCUGUUUGGAAAUCAGUUCGAAGGGGCCCUCCCGCCGUUCCUCUCCAACGCCACCGGCUUAGAGAUCCUCCAGGUUUCCCUAAACAGGCUUGAAGGUGUGAUCCCUUCCGAUUUAGGAAAGUUCCAGGGCUUGAGAAUCUUGGACCUCUCCGACAACAGCUUCCAAGCUCGUGGAGAAGAGGACUGGAGCUUCAUCAGCUCUCUGACAAACUGCAGCAACUUAACAAAGCUGGAGAUUAAGAACAACAGCCUGGGAGGAGUUCUCCCCCCCGCCAUCGCCAACCUCUCGAGAAAGCUGGAGAUUCUGCGCAUCGAAGAGAAUCAAAUUGGCGGGAGGAUUCCCGAGGGAAUUGGGAGCCUCGUCGGGCUCAGCAUGCUCCGCAUGGGCAGGAAUCUCUUCACGGGAGGAAUCCCCGCCUCCAUUGGGGAGCUGGGAAAUCUGAAAGAGCUGAGUCUGGAGGAGAACAUGCUUUCCGGGGGGAUCCCACCUUCUCUGGGUGGUCUCUCUAACCUGUCAAAGCUCUCCCUGGGGGGGAACCUGCUGGAGGGGAGGAUUCCCACAGACUUUGGAGGCCUGAGAAAUCUCCAGGCCCUGAAUCUCUCGGAUAACCGUCUUCAUGGCGAAAUACCAAGGGAGAUCCUCUCUCUCACCUCUCUCUCACUCCACCUCGAUCUGUCCGGGAAUUAUCUGAUCGGGUCUCUGCUCCCGGAGGUCGGCAAGUUGAAGAAUCUGAACACUCUCAACCUCUCGCGGAACAGAUUGUCUGGCGAGAUCCCGUCCUCCAUCGGCGACUGCCAGGUGCUCGAGUUCCUCCUAUUGGAGAGCAACCUCUUCCAAGGAGUCAUUCCUUGGGAGCUUAGCAAGCUCAAAGGAAUCCAAGAACUCGAUCUCUCGCGCAACAGACUGUCCGGGGGGGUGCCGGAGUUCCUGGAGGGUCUCAGCCUCCGGCGUCUGAAUCUCUCCUACAAUAGCCUCGAGGGGGAGGUACCCCGCGGGGGGAUCUUCGAAAACGGCAGUGCAACUUCUCUCGUAGGGAACGAAGGUCUCUGUGGGGGCAAUCCAGGGAUGCUUCUCCGGCCGUGUCGACAGCGGAGAAGGUCCGUCGUGAUCAAGGUUGUCGUCCCCAUCGGGGUCGUUCUGUUCGUCGUCCUGAUGACGGCAUCCCUCUUCGCUUACUGCUGGAAGAAGAAGAGGAGCUCGGGGCAGAAGCCACUGCCGUCCCAUCUCGGAGAAAUCUCCUACGGGGAGCUCCACAGAUCCACGGAUGGUUUCUCUCCGGAAAAUCUCAUCGGGAGGGGAGCCCACGGCUGCGUGUACAGAGGAAAGCUGGGGAAAAGGAAGGUGCCCGUCGCUGUGAAGGUGCUCGACCUGGGAAGCGUCGACGCCGCGAGGAGCUUCAUGGCGGAAUUCGGGACCCUGGGAAACGUCCGUCACCGGAACCUAGUCAAGAUCCUGGCUUCCUUCUCCGGCGCCGACUUCCAGGGCAACGAGUUCAAGGCCCUGGUUUAUGAGCUCGUGCCCAACGGCUCGCUGGACCAGUGGAUCCACCCAGAGGACUCUGGCCUCCCCAAGCCGGCGAGGAGUCUCGACCUUCUUCAGAGAUUGAGUAUCGCCAUUGACGUCGCCUCCGCGAUCGAGUACCUCCACCAGUGCAUCGACAUCCCAAUAAUCCACAGGGAUCUGAAGCCGAGAAAUGUUCUUCUGGACGAUGAGAUGACCGCCCGCGUGAGCGACUUCGGCCUCGCGAGGUUUCUCUCCUCUGGAUCGUCCCACUGCACGACCCGCUCGAUCGGAUUGAAGGGGACGAUCGGGUAUGUCGCCCCAGGUACGACAUUCCACUGCUGUUCUGGAGCUGAAGCUCUGUAUUUUCUCCUAUCUGGAUCUAAAGCGAAGGUUUUGGCGAUGUUAAUCCGUUUAAUGGAGCGAAUGAUGUGUUUAUUAAUGCAGAGUCGGCAACUCUCGGCAGUCUCUCCACUGGCACCGAUGUCUACAGCUUCGGGAUACUGCUGCUGGAGAUGUUCACCGGGAAGAGACCUACCGAUCCUAUUUUCCUGGAGGGGCUGACCCUCCGCAGCUUCGUCGUGGAGGGGCUCCCUCAUCAGGUGAUGGCCAUCGCAGAUCCACAGCUGCUUUCUGGGGAAGGAGAAGAGGAGGACGGAGAUGGAGGAUCCAUCGUCGGUCUUCGGAGGAACCUGAUGAUCCACUGCCUCAUUUCCGUGUUCAAACUCGGGUUGCUGUGCUCGGAGGAAUCACGGAAGGACCGCCCCAAAAUUGGGGACGUCGUCAAAGCGUUAACUCUCACGAGGGACGCGUUCCUCUGUUCUCAAUCCUUUCCUGGAAAUCACGAGAGAAGGGUAGAGAUAGAGAUAGAGAGAUAG